AUGGCGAUGAUGAUGACUGGCCGUGUGCUGCUGGUGUGUGCCCUCUGCGUGCUGUGGUGCGGUUUUUCUGGAAUUGCGGCCGAUUUUGUCGGCAGUACCAAUGGCAGUGCGGGUGAGUAUUGGGUCUCGUGGUGGAUCACUCAGCUGCGGAGGGAAUGCGCGGAGGAGGUCAUCAGGAGGACGGGAGGCAGGACGAAUGUGUCUGCCGUUGAGGAAUGCGUGCGUCAGGGGAUGGACGGUGUGCGUGCCGUUUUGGAUGGCCGCAGCCGUUGGAGGCCUCAACGCUCUGCCGUUGUUGUUGUUGUUGUUGCUGCUGAAGAUGGUGGGGAUCCUGUCAAAAACGGCGACAGUUCGGAACGGUCAUUUUCAUCGGAGCAGAGUUUGCAGGCGGGACGAGUUUUACCAGCAGGAGGAGGAGGAGGAUCUGGAAGUUUGCCGGGAGGUGAGGGUGGCACGGGAAAUAACCCACCACCGCCACAUUCUCCUCCAACAGGACCAUCUCUACCGACUCUACCAGAAAAAAAGGCAUCAUCAUCAGCAGCAGCAGAAGAAGAAGAGGAAGAAGGAGUAAAAUCAGAUCCAAAAAACAAUGAAAAUAACCCGGGAGAAAGACUACAAGAUCGAGAAACUCCAAUCGACAAUCAACAUACACAAAAUCCAGAAGAAAUACCACCAGGAAAAAAAUUGAACGAAGAACACAAUAAAACCAAACAACCACCACAAGGGGACGACCAGCCACCAAAGGUCGAAGAAAUAACACCACGCAAACCCGUAGAGGAACCUCCGAUAGAAAAAGAAGACGUUGAUGAACCUGACGCAGGUGCUGCAGAACGUAAUUCAAUUGAGAGUCACCUGGAAGCAACACGCAAGCAUGCAGAAAAACCUCUGGCAGGAAGCGAACACGUUGAUAAAGAAAAUGAUGAUCAAAAAGAAGAAAAGGAAAAGAAACGUGAAGAACAAGAAGACGCUCACGUACAACAACAAAACGGAAAACACGACACACUGCAUGGCUUACCAAUAGAGGCAGGGGCAACGCAAGGUUCACUGGCAAAUUCACCUCUAGAAGAAUUGCAACAGAAGCAGACCAGUGCCGGUUCAACAAAGCAGCUAGAAGGAGAAGCUCCUUUAAUUAACGCGGAUGGUACAUCAAAUGGAAAUAACGACCUAUCAUUACCCUCCGUUUCUGCACGUGCUGGAGUUGCUGGCGCUCAUGAGGCCGCCAAGGGAAACGCGGAGGUUCAAAACAAUGCUGAAUCCACUGAAACAGCAGUAAAUAAAAAAGAUGACUCAAAUGAGCAUCUCACAGAAAAUGACAAAGAAUCCGCGAAGGAUAAAAACGCCCUUUGUACAAAUGCCACCGCAAAUACAGGCGACAGUGACGGCAGCACCGCGGUCUCCCACGCCACCUCCCCUCUUUUGCCUCCUCUUCUUCUUGUUGUUGCGUGUGCGGCUGCUGCUACGGUGGUGGCCGCGUGA